AUGAUCUCAUAUCUCGUUCGAGACCGAUUUGGACUCCGUGCUACGGAUGAGAGACGCAAGGCCGUACUUCAAGAAGCUGACGAAUCGUUGGCAAACUGGUCAUUGAAACUUCCUGACAACCUACGUCUUCGUGCGUCUGACAUGGACCCUUGGUCUGCUAUGUUGCAUUUGACAUACAAUAACUUCCUCAUACUCCUUCAUCGUCCUCAUCCGAGAGCAUCGGCGUAUUCGGAUGACUACGGCCCCCAUGAUGCCGAAAUUUGCAGUGCAGCAGCCGGAGUCAUUACCUCUAUCUUUGAGGAGCUCCGACUGAAUGACCGCUUGAAGUUCCUUUGGUACACUGGCGUGCAUACUCUAUUCACAGCCAUGAUACAAGUCAGAGUGGAACUCCGCUUUUCAAACCCAGUUCUGGCCAUCAAUGCCUUGCGCCGAUUCGAUUCCGCCUCCUAUUCUUUGCGGGAGUUGGCUCAAUACUGGGUUCAUGCCGGCACGAUCUUACGACUCUUUGAAGAUUCGAAGCGUCUCCAGGAGGAUCUACGUCUGGCAACUACUGACCGGUCCAAACCAUUCAACGGACAUCCGACCAACAAGAUGCCCGUCACUGCUGCCGAGGCUGCAGCGGCCAUGCAAGCUGUACAUACUCCCCGCCCAAUGUCUUUUGGUGUACCAACUCCAGAAACUACGCCAAUGCAAGGAACAACACUAUCACCGCAACCCGCCCCGCAGUUUGACAAUUGGAUCACCGCGCCUCUCCGGCUUAAUGUGGGCCCGCUCGAAAGGAACGACCCCUAUUCGAGCACCAUGCAGGUUGACCACAUGGAGCCUAGCGCACGUGAUUAUCCUGAUUGGAGACAACUUUUUUCUUUCACAGAUUCAGAUCUCGCUAUGCCGAUGGCUGGCGAGGGUUUACUUGAAUUAGAAGACGAGUGGCGACAAAUCUACUGGCAGGACACUCCUAUGGCCGAUCUCAUCCAAGACGGCAGCUGGAUCAGCUGA